AUGCACCCGGCACCUAGCCUAGCAGAGCUCUUGAAGUCGGAUGAUCCUCGCACCCAGUCGCAACAGCAGCAACAACCCGUUCGACAAUUGGAUCAACAAGCUCAGCAUGAUCAAAUUGGCUUUGCUCAGACGUCUGGAAUUCAUUCUCCAGCUCGCGUGAAGUCACCGCUGCCAGUCAGGAAAGACACUGGGUCUUCAAUAUCCACCGUCGCCAGCGAUGUGACUGUCACGUCCAAUGCCACCAGUGACAGCAGCUCGACAGCCUACAGUGUAGAGUCUUCUCAGUCUAUCUUCUCGGUCAAGGAUGGCGCCGAGAUUUCGGGUAAUCGCCGCACCAGCCGGAGGCGGACAGGUCCUCUUUCUGCUGCACAGAGAGAAAAGGCGGCUCUCAUUCGAAAAUUAGGCGCCUGCACAGAUUGCCGCAGGAGACGCGUGGCAUGUCAUCCGAAUCAUCACAAUAUGACCUGGGAGGAUGCCAUGAGAAAGUAUCAGGCGGCACAUAGUCCACUGCAGGAACUCGCGCCCUUGGUAGGCCGCCCUCUUAGUCCUGCAUCUGGUCUUGUACGGCAGAGCUAUGCCCAUGACCCUCAAGACAUGGACAUUGAUUCAACGCCCACUCCACCAAUGUCACAGACUUUGCCGGGACGGCCACCACUGAGCGAGUCGCGCAUCCGAACCCCUCUGCCAUCGGGACCGCGCUUGGAUGCAUCAGUUCCCAUGCCUCCCAUGGCUGCAGCACCACCUGCCAUUACAACUCUGCCCAAUAUUGAUUUCAUCAAAUCAGAGCUCGACACUGCCGCUUCCCGACACUUGUCUGGCCCUUACACCGGACGCUACAAUGCAGUGGAGGCACUGCUCAUUUGCUGGCAAGAGGAUGACGAGAGUCGUGAUGUGUUGGGUGCCGUGGAAGACUUGCAGAAAGUUUUUCAUGAAUAUUCCUUUGCCACCAGAAUUAUCCAGAUUCCAUUCUCAUCGUCGGGUUUAUGCAAAAACUCGCAAAGAUGGCUUUCCAGGGAGAUAAAUGACUUUGCAGAGGACCGAGACACGAGGGACACAUUAAAGAUUGUCUACUACAACGGCUGGACUUCUGUUGAAGAUGGCGAGAUGGUAUUGGCAAGUCCUCUCGAUCGCGAGGGCUCAUCCAUUAUUCGAUGGAGUGGCAUCCAAGAGCUGCUGGAAGGAGCGAGGUCAGACACGCUUAUUGUAUUUGAUGCUGUAUACCAUGUAUCUUCAAAGAUGACACGCCGAAAGGGAGCUCUCGAAGUUCUCGCCGCAUCUGCAUUAGAGGAAGAUUAUGGCUUGCUGGGCAGAAAUACCUUUACGCAGGCAUUCAUUCAGCAGUUGCGUGCCCGCCUAAGCCAGCAUGUGCUCAGCGCUCUGUCCGUGGCAGAGUUGCAUGUACGGCUUCUGGCAAUGUACACGAAGACUGCACAAGAAAGGCAAUCUCCUGGCCAUGCAUUGAAAACAUCGAUACCGCUGCACCUGCAUGUAUCUGGCGACUCGAGAUUGCCGUCCAUUACGUUAUCGCCAUUGCAGGGUAGGCAACCACGGACGCCAAAUUUCAACCCAGAUGCACAUGGUGGCUAUCAUUUGAAUCUAUCCAUCAGACUGUCAGAGGAGAACAUUGAUACAGAGUGCUGGGGCGAAUGGCUCCGUAUGAUGCCCGAUGGCGUCAAGCACGUUGUAGUUUCGGGCCCUCACAGUACGUACAGAUGA